AUGUCGGAUGAAAAGGUUUGGAAAAGAUGGUGCCGGACGUUCCACUGGCUCCGAGGCACACCAAAAAGAUCCAGAUGUUCAUUGUGUCCCGGCUUUCAGAGCAAGGUCUGGAAGAAGAGCCAACUGAUCCAACAUGAGAGAAGUAAAGUGCAUUCAACUUCAGCUGGGCGAUGUUGCUGUCCAGAUGCCGAAGCCUUUCGCCAAAUGUUUGAUGAGAGGAACAAUGGCACCUCUCUCCGAAAAUCCAAGCAUGGUCUGUCCAAGUCAGUGAAGCUAAUGUGGGUUUCAAAUGAAGCCAUCAAGGAGAUUGUCAAAGCAAGGGUUCAGCGAUGCCUGACGGCGAGUCUGUCGCAAGAUGGGCAGGGCAGUUCUUUGGGAGUCAGAAUGACUGUGGUCAGCUUUGCAAAGGGUCAUGAGCUUAGAGAAUCAUGCGAUGCUGAACGACUCAUCACUACCAAUUCUCCCCUGGCGUUUCUGAAGAGCGAGCUAAGUGGGUCUCACAAUCUGGCAAAGGCAUCUCGCAAAGCAUCCCGGCGUUUCUUCACAAAGAGAUUGUGUCCACCUCAUGGAUGGAUUGGGAUGAAGCCACUGCUGGAAAAGUCCUUGUUGAAAAAGUACAAUGAUUCAGAGUUUCUUGGAUCUGAUGCAGCUCCAGACGAAUUGAAAACCUUGCGUUUAAACACGCAACUGCAAUGGUUCCGAAAUGCCCGAAUAAGGGUGAGGGAUGCAGCGCAUGCUGCCGGACGGAUCUACGCAAGGAGAACAACGCCCAAGCCCAAGAAGAAUGCUGAGUCGUUUCUGCUUUCCAUCAAUGAGGAAGCCAUACUUCAAAUGGCGAUGAUGUGUGACGCAGCACAAGAGGAGCUUGACUUGAUCCGGUUCUGUGACAAGAACACCGUGGACGUGUCUCAAAUGCGAGCUGCAAUGGAUGGUUUCAUGAACCGAAUCAACACCUUGUUUCUCAAACAGAAAGCUCUUCAGGUUCAAUCCUACACACGACAUGCUAUGGUAUGGCUACGAAAAGAAACUGUGAUUCGAGUUGGCCAACACUUUCGAUCACUGGGAGGUGAUGGCACAUUGCCCCCACAGGUGGUAGCUGAAUGUUUCAGCCGGAUGUCCCAAUGGGUCUCCUUGGCGGAGGAGACCCUGAAGGCAGAAUGGCCCAGCUUCGAAGCGAUUCAAGCGUUCAGCGUGUUUCAAUUGACACCAAGACUUGAGACGGCAGUCGUCAAGCGGGACCUGGGCAAGAUAUCCCAAGUCUUCCAGGAGAAGCACAAUCUCCCAGCUUUGGUGAAAAGUUUUGCGGACUGUGAAUACACAGCCGCGAAGAGAAGACAGCGCAUUGCUGAUGAUGAAGACUUCCCCGACCUCAAAGCAUGGGUAAGCACUUUGCAGGGUCGACAAGCUGCUGACAAUCCUGAGUUAGUGAAAUGCCUGGCAAGGGCUUUGUGUCUUUCGCAAGCAUCCACUUCAGCAUGUGAACGUGAUUUUGGAAACAUCCUGGGAACCUUUCGAAAGAGGGGUGCAAACCCAUUGCUGAAGGAGAUGCACGUUCGCAUCACAUCGUUCUUGAAGAUGGAGCCAGGUCAAUCUUCUGAGAUCAUCCGUCGAGCUCAGCAAAUUUGGAAGGAGGGCUUCAAUUCUGAGCGCAAGAGUGGCUCACAAAGAGGUGGAAAUUUUGUGUCAGGCACGGCAUUGGCAAGGAAACGCCAAGCUGCAGAUCCCAAUCAAAGCCAGAGUGCUUGGGUCAAGCGGCGACGGCUGGAGGUCGACCGAGUCACAUCUCUUUCCAGUGCUGGACAUCAAGAACAUGAGGACCCAAUUCUUUGCAAGGAGGCCAAGGACGCGAUCAAGAAGAUUCAAAAUGUAGUGACCAAGCGUCGCUUUGAAGCGCAACAGAUGGGCAUCUUGCAGAAGCAUGAGCCGACCUUCUUGUGGACCACCAAUACCGAUGUCAAAAAGGAUGUGGCCAUGAUGGGGGCUCACAUCGUGGAGAGCUGGCAAGAGGCAACUUGCCACGUGGUGGACAAUUUCGCUGCCCCUGGACAAAGGGUCUCCUGGGCUGCAAAGCUCAGCGGACAUUUGAUUGUCACGAAGGAUCUGGCCCAAGGGCCUUGGAUUCAGAAUCUUGUAUAA